AUGGCUUCGACAUUGUCACAAGACGAAAUUCUGUCAUUUUUACCGGAGAAAGGCCACAUGGAUGUGUGGACAGCAGCAUGGCUAGAUUCAAGGCAUCAAACCCGAAUCAUUGUACACCGACCCACAUUCCAACUGCAAUAUUAUACUUUCUGGGAUGCUCCCCCAGAGGUUGACGAUGCGUGGCUGGCAUUACUUAUGUGCAUGGCCAGCAUGGGUGCUCUCUUGACAGGCCAUACAAACGAGAGCAGGAAAGACUUAGAAGCCGCCGAAUUUCUACGACGCCUCGCGGCACAUGUGCUGAUCCGAGCCAAUGUCAGCGUAGUCCGGCCGUAUCUAAUCGAGGCCCUUCUGGUAUAUGGUAUCACUUCAAUGUACACCCAUCGAGACAUUUUACCAGAGAUGUGGCACCUCACCAGCUUUAUCACGCGCUUGUGUUUCCAAGCUGGUCUCAACCGGGAGGUUCCCAACUCCGUCGAUCCUGGUUUCAGUCCAUUUACAAUCGAGAUGCGUCGGCGGGUCUGGAUGACCGCACGAGACCUUGAUAUUUCUACUAGCAGUAUCUCUGGCAAUCCAAGCUCUAUUGAUUUCAGACUUUGCGACACCCAUCCCCCGGCCAAUUUGACGGACGUGGAUUUCUCUCCCAUGCACAUGAGCCCAGUACGGCCUAAGGAAGAAUGUACCUUGGUCCAAAUACAGAUAUGUUACUCGCGAGUGAUUGAGGUCCUGGGGAAGGCCACAACUCUCUCUCAUUCCGUUACCUUGCCAUGUCGAGAAACGAUCGAGCGACUGGGCAUUGAGCUUCAGAAUAUCAGAGGGGAAAUUCCGGAACACCUGCUUGUGAAACCUCUUGAAGAGUAUUCCCUCAAUCCGCCAUCGGACAUUAUGUACCGCUUCCGCUUAGAAUUCGCAUUCCAACGAACGAAGUGCGUGCUUUAUCAGCGCUUUAUGGGCGGCAGGCUGGACAUGAAAUCAGUUGAAUGUAUCAAUGCGGCCGAAGCCAUUGUGCAAUGCUGCAAUGCGCUACCCAAGAUCGUGAAUAGCGGGCAUCAGUGGGCACGAUUCAAGCUGUUCAGCACUCGACACAUCCACGACUUUCUUCUAGCAGCAAUGCUGCUAUGUUCAGUAAUGAAGCGCAAGUCACCGAAGAAGCCGGAGCGUACCCUCGUUGGCCGGUCUUUGAUCUCAGUCUGCGCCGGAUGGUUAUCGACCGGGCUCCUAUCAAACAGACUGAAGCUUGCAGUGGAAGCCAUCUUGCGAUAUCUGGCCAGUGGGUAUCCUGAGCAGUCCCAUCCUACUCCAACAAGCCAGGACAUGAAUGUGACUGGGCCAUCGUUCGAUGUUUGCUCAUGUGGUAUUCCUGCCAAUUUUGCUUCGGCAGAUAGCUCUUUCAAGUUUGACACUUCCGGUAGAGAUGGGUUCGUGUUCGAUGUAAUCGCAAAUCAUACCGGCGGCAUAGGGAGCCUUUUGCGAUGA